UGAGCAAUGUGUAGCACAGACUGCACUGAAGAUAACCCAUGAGCAUCACACAGUUUUGGGGAUCAUGAAGAUGAAAAUAGUUCGAGUUGUUAUUUUGCUUUUAUUAGAUCUGUCAAACUGCUUGGCACAGUCAGAUGGAAACUUUUUAAUAUAUAGCGUGCAUUAUAACAAAUGCUUCACAAACUCUGUGUCUUUCACAAGCCUUUCUUAUUGUGACCCACAUGCCAAAUCACAACAGUUCCGCUGGAUUUCAAACGAUCGCAUUUUGAACAUUAUCACAUCAAAAUGCCUGGGUGUGGGUAGUAAGACAGUAGGCAGAACACUUCAGUGGUUAAAGUGUGAAGAAAACAAUAAACUGCAGGAGUGGGAAUGCAUCGGUGAUUCAUUACUUCGUUUAAAGAAUGAAUCCCUGUACCUUAUUGCAAGUGAUAAUGGUGUGCCAUUCAUCUCCAAUAACAAUGGAACAAGGAGCAAAUGGACAAUUCAUGGAACGCAGAACAGUAUUUGUUCUCGGCCCUAUGAAGAAGUGUACACAAUCGAUGGAAAUGCAUUUGGGCGCCCAUGCUAUUUUCCUUUUAAAUUUGAGAACAAAUGGUAUUCAGAUUGUACGAAAGAUGGUGCCCAGAGUCAACGUCUAUGGUGUUCAGUUGAGUCUAACUACAAAGAUAAGCAACUGUGGGGCUACUGUCCAACACCUGACAAUACUUUCUGGUCCAAAAAUCCUCUGACAAACGUCUAUUAUCAGCUGAAUGAUAAGUCGGCCCUGACGUGGCAUCAAGCAAGAAAGAGCUGUCAGCAGCAGGGGGCGGAACUACUGAGUGUUUCUGAACCUCACGAACACACCUUUGUGUCAGGAAUGAUUCUGAAGACACAAGAUUCACUGUGGACAGGACUGAAUAAAUUAGACGUGUCCAGUGGAUGGCAGUGGAGCAAUGGACAGCCUUUACGUUAUCUGAAAUGGAGCAGUGGAUUCCCAACAACACAACCAGACUAUAGCUGUGGUGUCCUGCGAACUCAAUACAGUUCUGAGUGGACAAAUGAGCGUUGUUCAAACAGGCAUGGGUACAUCUGCCAAAGAGGCCACUCUGUUCCUACUGUCCCACCAGUGGUGCACACUGGUUUUUGCCAAAGCCCAUGGAUUCCAUAUUCAGGCCAUUGUUAUCUCCUCCAUCGCAACAAGAAAACUUGGCUGGAGGCUCGAGGUGCCUGUCUACGGGAAGGAGGAGACCUGCCGAGUGUUCUGAACACGGAGGAGCAAAGCUUUGUCAUCACACAACUUGGAUACUUAAAGACAGAUGAGCUGUGGAUUGGUUUCAAUGAUCGUAAAACUCAAAUGCUGUUUGAGUGGAGUGACCAGUCCAGCGUGCCGUUCGCAUCAUGGGAGGUGGGAGAGCCGAGUCACAACGCUGUUCAUGCGGAGGACUGUGUCUUAAUGAGAGGAGAGGAGGGAAAGUGGGCAGAUGAAAUUUGUGAGCGCAAACAUGGGUUCAUCUGUAAGAAGAAAACCAGCUCCACGGCCUCUAAUAAUGACACUGUUGUGACAAGCCCAGGCUGUAAAACCGGUUGGUCCAGGUAUGGGUACUACUGUUACAUGGCUGGAUCUGAGACAAAGACUUUUGAGGAGGCGAAACAGAUGUGUGAAAAAGCUGGCUCUCAUCUGGUUGAUAUUGCAUCCAGGGUUGAAAACGCAUUCCUAGUUAGUUUAGUUGGAGCACGACCAGAGAAGUACUUCUGGACCGGGCUGUCCAAUCAAAAGGAUCUGCACACUUUUGAAUGGACCAACACUAAGAAAGUUCCGUUUACUAAUUUUAAUGCUGGGAUGCCAGGAAGGAAACAAGGCUGCGUUACCAUGACGACGGGAUUGCUUGCUGGACUUUGGGAUGUGUUUAGCUGCUCAAAUAAGGAAAAAUACAUCUGCAAACAACCAGCUGAGGGACUGGUUACAACUCAAGCACCACCAAGCACACCUGCUCUAGGCUGUAGUGAAGGUUGGAUACCAGUUGGAACUAGAGACAUUUGUGUCAAGUUUUUUAAUGUAUAUACCUCUCAAAUGAAAACUUGGAAUGACGCUCUUGACUACUGCCGAGAGCUUGGGGGAGAUCUUCUGAGCAUCCAUCAGGAUACUGAUAUUCCUUGGAAAUUAAGUGGGCAUCCUGCAUGGAUUGGUUACUCAAUCCAGGAUCCAUCUGUGGGUUAUGUGUGGAGUGAUGGCUCUGCUUCAUCCUAUCAAAACUGGGCCAGUGAUGAACCGAACAAUUUAAACAACAUGGAGAAUUGUGUCGAAAUGAGAAUAUCAUGGUGGGACGAAGAUGGAUUUUGGAACGAUAUGAAUUGUCAAGACAAGAAGGACUGGUAUUGUCAAAUCCCAAAAGGAAAGACUCCAAAUGAAGUGAAUGUUACAGAACCAGUUUAUAAUGUAACUGAGGAUGGCUGGAUCGAAUUCAAAGGGAAUCAGUAUUUUGUGUCUUACUACCCAUCUGUCUCUGCGAAUGAAGCACGGAUUAAAUGCAAAAAAGGGCAUGGUGAUCUUGUAGUUAUCAAUGACGAGGAAGAGCGUGUGUUCAUCUGGCAUCAGGCUAAAGAGAUGUACAGGGAUGUCAUCAUUGGUUUGGCUGUUGAUCUGGAUGGGUCUUACCAGUGGAUGGAUGGGUCCCCUGUAGUGUAUCAGGCUUGGGAAGAAAAUCAGCCCGCCCUGUUAAACAGCGAGGAAAGAUGUGUGAAGAUGACCCAAACUCAAGGACUCUGGGAAACCAUCAACUGCGGUGACGAAUUGUCAUUUGCUUGUAAACGAAGUGAGUCUCCUCCGGUCAAUGCCACAGUUGCUCCCACAGAGGAGCCGAAAGGAGGAUGUGCUCCUGAAUGGAAAAAAUUUGAGACAAAGUGCUACAUCAUGAGAGACGGCUUGAAAACAUGGAAAGACGCAAGAGAAUACUGCCGAGAGAUGGGUGGAGAUUUGGUAUCUAUUAUAAAUGAACAACAACAAGCCUUUUUGACAACAAUGGUCAGUAAUAAAACUACAGACUUUUGGAUUGGAUUCAGCAAUUUGGCAAAUGGACGGUUCAGGUGGACAGAUGGAAGUACUGUGGCAUUCACAGAGUGGGCCAAAGGAGAACCAGAAGCCAAUCGUUGGCUUGGAUACUCCUGGGAUAUAUAUCACUAUUCAGAUGAUCAGGAAUGUGCUGUUCUUGGACAAGGUUCGGGUACUGGCUUUGGAAAGUGGGUGGCAACGGACUGUAAUUCGACUCAUGGCUUCAUCUGCACCCGUCAUGUUGAUCCUGCUCUGACCCCUGUGCCAUUCCAAUUUCCUGAAACUUAUUUCAAGAUUGGAAAUUCAUCGCUUAAAAUGAUUCAAAGGAAUCAAACGUGGAGUGAGGCGAACCGUACCUGUAAUGCAGACAGGGCUCAUCUGGUCAGCAUUCGGAGCUCAUUAACACAAGCUUAUGCUAAGCUGCAGGUCUUCAGAACCAAGCAGCCCGUGUGGAUUGGUCUAAACAGCGUACAGACCAGUGGUUACUUUUCAUGGUCAAGUAACUGGCACAUGAAUAUGGAGAAAUGGGCAUUUGGUGAGCCGCAGCAAAACCACCCAUGUGUUUACAUGGAUGUAAAUGGACAAUGGAGAACAGCUCUCUGCAAUGAAACCUUUUACAGUAUCUGUGAGCAGUCAACAGAGAUUCCCCCCGCCCCUCCGGUACAGUAUCCUGGCCAGUGCCCUGAAUCAACAGGUGAAAACCCGCUGAGGUGGAUCCCGUUCAGAGACAGUUGCUAUGCUUUUAUGAAUGACUACCAACCGUGGAGCAGAGCCUCGAGAAUGUGUCUGACAUGGGGUGCAUCUCUCGUCAGCAUUAUGGAUGAAGCAGAGCAAAGGUUUUUAGAAAACAACCUCGCCCUGCUUGAAAGUUACAAAGGGUUUUGGAUAGGACUGUUCAAGACCUUUAAAGGACACUGGUUGUGGAUAGACGGCAAUGUGGUAGAUUAUACUAACUGGGAAACUGUGGAAAAUAUGGAUGAAGAAGAAAUUUUUGACACGUUGUGGGAUCCCACCUGCACACAUAUCUCUACUGAAACUAAAAGAUGGAGGAAAAUGCAUUGCGAUCACUCCUACAUGUCAUUUAUCUGCAAAACGGCCAAAGUAAUACCUCCAACCAUUAAGGCUCCAGUUAUAGGUCCUGAACCUCAUAGGGUUUAUACUGGCUUGGCAGUGUUCUUGGCCAUCGCAGGGUUCAGUGUAUUAGGAGUUCUAGCCUACAUUUACAUUCACAAAAAUCCAAAAACACUGUCUUUACCUACAUUUGAAAAUCCAAUGUAUGGUAACAUAGGGGGCGCUCUUUUUAGAAGUAAAGAUUCCAAGGCAUUGAUUGAUAACAUUGAGAUAGCUGAAUAGACAAGUGCUUCAUGCUCUCCGAAACCUGCUUAUAUAAAAGGUAAUGUGCAGUACAGUCAGCUGUUCAAUAGCAGAAAUGUAACAUUUGGUUUUACCUCAAAGGGGUGAAUUGUCACGGUAAUGGCCAGCUGAUAUGUGUAUCUGCCUAUUACAUGGCUACUUACCCAAAUAAAUCCAUGAACAUGCAGAUUGAGUUAAUAUUAUAUUAUUAUGUAGAAACUAAAGAGAUUUCCGCGUAAUUAUCAUAGAGCUGGACAUAAAAAUGCCUUAAUAUGAUUACUAUUGUCCUGUAUAUUUUCCUGUGAAGAUAUUAGAGCUUUUGUGCAAGUACUCUAAAUCUUUAAAGAUAGACCUUCAUAUUCGUUUUUUAGAUUUUCAAAGUAAACUGCAACGGUACAAACCCAACAAAUUCCAAGUGUGGACUGAGUUUCAUCUUUUUGGGUGCAGUGCUGCACAAAGGAUGAGAUGACGCCCAGCAUCUAAAAUACAGUAUUAAUGUUGGACAACAAUUGUAGAAAACCUGUAUAAUUGUAUCUGUAAUGUCUUGUAUAAUUCAAAGGAAAAUCCCACCAUAAAGCAGAGAACUGUCAAAAUUACCCAUUUAUGUGAUGUCAUGUACUGAAUGUAUAUUCAGAGGAAAAAGAAGUACAAUAAAUGUUUCAGAUUAUUAUAACUUGACUGAAGGUGAAAACAUAGAACUUGAUGUGCAAAACACAACAGAAAUGGCAAAUGUGACAUGUGCAGUACUGGUUCAGAAAAUAAAGACGAUUUACAGCCAGACUGAUUGAAUAUAUACAGUAGAAAUACAUCUAUAUUACAGUGCAGCAGGAACUGUUCUCAGUUGCAUCAGUUCUUAUCUACAAAGGCAUUUAUGAGCUAUAUACAAAUGCAUAGAAACAAUUUUCAAGCUAUAGUAUUCUCACAAACUAAUGCAUAGAGUACUCAGGAAACCUUAUCAGAAAAUGCAAAUAAAUGCCAUGCUUUCAGAGCAAUGUAUCAAUAACCUGAACAGAUCUCAGUGCCUAACAUUUCCCUUUUCCCUUGAUUUACCACGGUGUUGGAAUAAAAUGACUUUUCCCCCAAAAUCACUGUACUUGUACUUCACACAGGUCAAAACUAUGGCUAAAGGCAAAAAUAAACAUUUGAUUAUAUUUUGAUUAUAGAGGGGGGUUUAAAAAAUAACAGGGUCACAGAAAGAUAUGAGAAGGCCUCCAUUCCAAAACCAAAAUACAUACAGUUUACAUAAGCACAGUUUUAUAUCUUGAAUCAACAAUGGAAAUGAAUUAAACUGUGUUAAUAAACAGUAAUAUUUUGCAAUAAUUUUGCAUGAGCAAAGAAAGGUGUUACAGUGUGGCUUGGGGUUGAAUUUUAACUAUGUUAAAGGUACUUUGAUGCCCUUAACAACUGUAACAGUCAAAUCUACUGUGUAUAUUGUAAAUUUAACAGGCUUUUAUUUUCUACAAAACUACAUCAGAAUGCCAAGACCAUUCCCACGAAGCCAACAGCAGCACAGAAUGUGCUAUUCCAACACAGGAUAUAUCACACAACUCAAAUUUUGUGGUUAUUAAAAUAGCCUGCAGACUGUUUCAUUGGACGCACGCACCUGGCCCGAAGUUAACUUCCGGUCUGUGUUUUGUUAUAACAAUUAAUUUUAUAUUUCAUUUUUAUUCAUAUUAAUUCAAUAUUAGAUUGUAUAUUAAUUGUAUUAAAUUAAAUAAACAGUUGAUUGAUUCUUUAUGGAGAUCUACCGGAAGUUAAGUUUGGGCCACAGAACGUUUGUUUAUGUUGUUGCCACUGAAACCGUCUAUAGAGAUCACUUCUGAUAAUUUUGUAACACAGGUCACAGGAAGUUCACAAAUAAUAAAAAAAGCAAAUUAAAGCCUUAUCUCAUCUUUCUUAAGAAUACACUACACCGCUUUGCGCUUUGUGGUCUGGAUGAGCCGACAAUUAUUGUAGAAAGUCUGCACCAGAUUUUGGGCAGUCGAAUGGAGAGAUUUUGUUUUGUUUCUGUAACCAUAUACUGUACAAAGUCGGCAAGCGUAUGAUGCCUGUUGUUUUCAAAUCUGUUCAGAUUUCAAAAGUCAUGUAAUGUAUCCAAGCAUGGAGGGCCACAGUUUGAAAUAUUACUAUGCUAGGGUGCUGCAGAUACGGUAUGGAUAUCACAAAAAAAAACAUUGACAUUAAAAAUGAAAGGUCCACAAAGUUGACAAGAUAAGUUUGCAUAUGUGCGUUUCACAAAAUCAUUGUAAGAAGUAUAAUAGCAAGCAAGAAUGUAAUCAUUCAGGAUUGGGGGAUUAAAGGGACACUUCACCCAAAAAUGAAAAUUCUGUCAUCAUUUACUCGCCUUCGAGUUGUUCCAUCUGUAUAUAUUUUUUUCUUCUGAUGAACACAGAGGUAGAUAUUUGGAAGAAUGCUUAUAACCAGACAGAUUUUGACCCCCAUUGACUCCCAUAGUAGGAAAAAAUACAA